AAGCCCUGCCUCUCCCUCCCUCUGUCCCUGUGCCCCUCUCCUAGGCAGAGCUGAAGCCAGCCCAGUCCAGGGAGGAGAGCAGAGUGAGGGGAUGCCAGCUAAGCUGCCUUAGAAGAGCAGGAGGAGAGCAGCCAUGGGUGAGUGGGGGUUCUUGAGCUCCCUUCUGGACGCGGUGCAGGAGCACUCUCCCAUGGUGGGCCGCUUCUGGCUGGUGGUGAUGCUCAUCUUCCGCAUCCUGAUCCUGGCCACGGUGGGCAGCGACGUCUUCGACGACGAGCAGGAGGAGUUUGAGUGCAACACGCGGCAGGUUGGCUGCAAGCAGAUCUGCUACGACUUGGCCUUCCCCAUCUCCCACUACCGCUUCUGGGUCUUCCACAUUGUGGUGCUCUCUGCCCCGGCGGUCCUCUUUGUCAUCUACUCCAUGCACCAGACCACGAAGAUCAACCAGAAGGAGAUGGAAACGGGAGAGGAGGAAGCCAGCCGGGUGGGGGGAAAGGCCCCUGCAAAAUUCGGGCCUCAGCCCAGCCAGCGCAGCCAAAACAUCAAGACCUUCUACAUUGUCAACGUGGUGGUGAGGAUCUUGGCCGAAAUGGGCUUCCUGGUCGGACAGUGGAUGUUGUACGGCUUCCAGGUGGGGUAUCAGUACAUCUGCAAGCAUCACCUGUGCCCUCACCUCAUUGACUGCUUUGUCUCUCGGCCAACCGAGAAGACCAUCUUCAUCCAGUUCUACUUCAUGGUGGGGCUGGUUUCAGCCUUGCUCAGCCUGGUGGAGCUGGCCCACCUCUUGUUCAAGAACCGCUGCAGGAGGCGCCGCACGAUUGCCCCACCCACCACUGCCUCUUACGAACAGCAGGACAACUGGUCCAAUCAGAAGCAAGAGAAGAAAUCGCAGCACUUCCUGGCCCCGGCAGAGGGAGGCGCCAAUGGCCUGCCUUCUCAUGGCGGGAUUCCCAGUCACUAUGAGCCCAAGGCUCACUUCCACCAUAAGAGUUCCACGAAGAGCAGCCGGUCCUCUCGCUCUUCUUCUGCCAGAGCUGACUUGACCGUGUGAGGCCAGGGAGCUCCCCUCUUCUCUGCCUAGCUGGUUGUUCCCUGGAUGAGCUGGACUCCUCCGGCUGGAAUAAUCGCACCCGUGAACUGUGUUUGCAGCCUGGCCCAAAUUAAUAGCACUGAUAUCGGAUCAUCUGGUCUAGCUUGUAAAGGAGACCUGCUGCAAUCCUUGGGGAUUCGUGCUUUGCUUUCAUGUAUGUUUGGGGGAAUUGGGGUGGGCUGGGCUGGCAUCUUUCAUUUAUACAGUGGACGCUCAGGUUGCGAAUGUGAUCCGUGCGGGAGGCACGUUCGCAACCCACAGCGCCUCAUCUGCGCACACGUGG